UCAAAUAAAAGGAGGGAGAAAGUAUAGGCAACAGAACUUAAAAACAGAUACCUUUAAGGAACGGGUGUAAAGGAGAGGGAAAUAUGUGCAGCUGGCAAGACACAGAACAGCAAGCGGAAUAGCAACAGAGGAUAGAAGCAAGUGAAACUCUGCACAGGAAUUGGAAAUUAUUGCUUUCUUUUGACUGAGCCUCAUUGUUUUUUUCUGGAUGAUUCGAAUGACUGGUGAAUAAUGGAGGGAUAUUACACCAAAUAAGGACUGUUAGAAACGUUCUUCUCUCGCGUUCAGCCUUACUAUGAACCUGCUCUUUCUGCUGGUCCUGGCUUUUCACAAUGACCUGACCAUGGGAGGCAGAGCCCAGCGCAAACAAUGGCAGGCUGAGAGCAGUCUGAGACCAUAUCUGGGUAGAGUGGACCCAGUCCUACUAUGUGAGCUUCUGAAGUGUCACAGUCCAAUGGGCUCCUGGUGCCAGGUGGUGCAGGACAACGGAGUCCUCUUCCCAAAGUGUGUGUGUCCUAAGAUCUGCCCACGGCAGGGGGCACCAGUGUGCAGUGUUCUGGGAAGGACCUAUGGGAACGAGUGUCUGCUGCAUAGAGAAGCCUGCCGCAAGAGACGUCACAUUGGACUGGCUCAUAAAGGGCCUUGUCUGGUUCCCAAGGCAAACUGUACAGAGGAGGAGUAUGGCCAGUUCCCAUACCGCCUCAUGGACUGGUUCCUCCUAUUGAGUCGCAUGGGAGAGUCCUACGUCCCCUACGCCCCGCCUCAGAGCUGCCUGAGCCACACCCAGCGCUCCCAACUAGCCCAGCGGAGGUUUGGCCUGCUGGACAAGAACAAGGAUGGAAAGCUGAGCCGGAAAGACCUGAGGAAGCUACGCUACAAAAGAAUGCCUCUAGAGCACUGUGCUACCUCCUUCUUCCAGUCGUGUGACCAUAACAAGAACACUAAGGUGACCCUGCAUGAAUGGAUCUCCUGUCUGGUGGAUCGCUCAGAGAUCUGGUUCCACAGCUUCAUGUCUAUGAAAAUGGGAUCCGGUAAGCUGUGUCCCAUGAAGACUGACAACCACCUUUGACCUGGAUAUGAACACCUCUCUUCUCGCAUUGUGUAUUAUUGUGUUAUCAUUUUUU